ACAUGUUGACUAGUGUUGCUAGUUGUUGCUAACGAAAGCUUGACAACAUUUAAGAAAGUCAGGCGCAAAAACGAAGAGCUAUUAAGACAUUGAUCUGUUGUUGUCGCUACAUUACUUUGAAAUGUCUUAAUAUCGCCGUGUAUUGUUGGAUAUACACACCUGUUAAUGUUUUAUUUAUUCUGACAAGCUAAUGUAGCUAGCCUGUUUGCUAGCCAGGAAGAGUUGACAUCUCACUGUUGGCUUCAGGUUAGCUAACACAGUGAACAUAGGAGCUGAAAUAAAGAGAGCUCCAGAUGCGGCUAAAGGACCCUUUCUAUUUGAAAGCCGCAGACAUGACUAAGCGGACUAAUAAACCGAGGAAACCUCGAGAUGAAGAGUCAUCAGAUGAAGUCAGUGGGUUGACUUGCCAGCAUGUGAGUAAGGCAGUGGACCUGAGCUCAGUGAAGAAGUCAGUGCUUUCCAGCGUGUGGUUGGUGUGCUCAGAGUGUCUAAAGGAGAGGACCAUGAUCGAUGGCGAGCCAGCAGCAUCACAUGACAUCCUGGUGUGUUUAAAGUGUGGUUUCCAGGGCUGUAACCAGUUGGGGAUCCAGCAUGCUGUCAAGCACUACCACACUUUCCAUCCAGAGUCUCACUGCAUCACCAUUAGCUUGAGCACAUGGAAGGCCUGGUGUUUUGAAUGUAAUGAGGAGCUCUCCACUCACUGCAACAAGAAGGCUUUGGCUCAGACCCUGGACUUUUUACAAAAGCACUCUGUCAAGGCAACAUCAGCAGCAUCACCCAAGAUCAUCAAGCUGCGGGAAGAUCCAUCAGAUUAUAGUGAGCCACCUAGAGGCAAGAGUCCAGUCAUCAACAGCACUUUGGUUCCUGUCAAAGGCAUCAGUAACCUUGGUAACACCUGCUUCUUCAAUGCUGUCAUGCAGAACUUGUCACAGACACACAUGCUCAUUGAGCUUAUCCAGGAAGUGAAAGAGAAGGGGUACAAACUGAGGAUCUGCCCCCCUGUCGAGACCAAUCUGAGUCCACUGAUGGUAACACUGCCCAGUCCGGAGCCCCUGACUGCAGCCAUGUUUCUCUUCCUCCAGAGCAUGAAAGAACAAGGGAAGGGCCCAAUCAAUCCCAAGAUCCUUUUCAGUCAACUCUGCCAGAAAGCUCCGCGCUUCAAGGGCUACCAACAACAAGACAGCCAGGAGCUUCUGCACUACUUACUGGACUCCAUACGAGUAGAAGAAACUAAAAGGGUGAAAGCUGGCAUUCUGAAAGCUUUCAACAAUCCCACAGAGAAGACGGCGGACGAGGAGACAAAACGCCAAGUCAAAGCGUACGGAAAGGAAGGUGUGAAGAUGAACUUCGUUGACCGCAUCUUUGUAGGCGAGCUGACCAACACAAUUAUGUGUGAAGAAUGUGAGCAUAUCUCCACAGUAAAGGAGGCUUUCAUAGAUAUCUCUUUACCCAUCAUAGAGGAGAGGAUGUCAAAACCAUCCAAUCCUGGGAGGCUGGGCAAAGGCAGCAGGGAGCAGGACGCCCACGCAGCUCACACUGACCAGGUUCUUUCUGCAGCGCACUCUGUCAACAGAAACACCAGGAAGCUGAGUGGACAGAAGCAACAGAGCAGGAGGGCUUCAAGCUCUGUGGAGGAGAAGGGAGCAGGCUGUGGUGCGGAGCGACCAGAAGAGGAGGGGGUAGCUAGUGGAUCAGCUCGUGGUGUUACAGUUUGCAAGAUGGCCGCUGCGGGCAGCCUAUCAGAUGGCAGUGAAAGAGACUCAGGUGCUCAGGACAGCAGCAAUGACGCUGACAGUGAAGCCUCAGAGAGUGAGUGGGCCCCACGCACCCCCUCCUCCAGCCAUGGGCACGGGCACGGGCACAUGUCCACUCCAUCGUCAGCGUCCACCCUCACUCCAUCUCCUACACCUGUCUCUGCCUCUUCCCCCUCCUCAUCAUCCUCCACAAGGCAUGGUGGCGCCGUAGAGCAGCUAGUUUCUGCAGUGUCUAAAGUCAACCUGGGCUUCAGUUCUGGGGACUGCUUGCCUUCCACGCACUGUUCUCCAGAGGAGCAGGGAGAAGCACAGCCAAGAGAUAACCUCCACCAUCAGCACCACCAGGGAGCCUUCCAGGCGCUGUCCCACAGUUACACACCCAGCUCCAAGGAGUGCUCCAUCCAGUCCUGCCUCCACCAGUUCACCUCUGUGGAACUGCUGAUGGGCAACAACAAGCUACUGUGUGAGAGCUGCACUGAACGCAGACAGAAACAGCUGCGCAAGAGCAGCUCAGCUGAUAAGAAGGUGGAGAAGAUUUACACCAGUGCCAGGAAGCAAAUGCUGAUAUCCUCGCUGCCUCCAGUCAUCACAUUGCAUCUUAAACGCUUCCACCAGGCAGGGAUGAACUUACGAAAGGUGAACCGCCAUGUUGACUUUCCACUGAUCUUGGAUCUGGCUCCAUUCUGUUCAGCCUCCUGCAAGAACCUGGCAGCCGGUGAGCGUGUCCUCUACAGUCUGUAUGGGAUUGUCGAACAUAGUGGCUCAAUGCGGGGAGGCCACUACACUGCUUAUGUAAAAGUGCGAGCUCCCCAGAGGAAAACAGAACAGCACCACAGGAACCUGUCAGGUGCGCGGGAGGCCAGCAGCAGCUCCCAGGGCCAGUGGGUGUACGUCAGCGAUACUACUGUUCAGACAGUACCAGAGUCAAGGGUACUCAACUCUCAGGCAUACCUGCUCUUUUAUGAGGAAAUUCUGUAAUGUAACCAGCGAACGUAGUUUUCCCUAGAAAUUUUUCCCUUUGUAUUGUUUUUGGUGCAGACUGUACAACUCCUCUUACUGUAUCUGUGAGUGUGUGGAGGGAAGAAAAGGGAAAGACUUCACUGUACACUCACUUUUCAUACAUGAGAAGAAUGGCCAUUGUGUUAUGUCCAUGCAAACUCUUAAAUCUAAAUCUAAAAUGGGCACUUCUAAAUAUCUUCGAUACAUAAAAGAUUAACAUCAGACAUUGAAGUCAUCAUUUUCUGCUUUGAUAGAGUCAUUCAUGUUUCUAUUAUAAAAAUCCUACCCUUUAAAAAGAGGUCGAGUGAAAAGAGUGUUAUUGAACCUGAGCUGUUCUGAAUUUAUUGUCUAUCUCCGUCACGACCACGUGCCUGGGAUUUAAACUGCAUGAAGGAGUUUGUUACAGUAACUAACAGGAAAUAAGCAGAGUUAUUGCAUGUUAAGCUGACUAGUUGAUGUCAAUACCGUAUGUAUGUGUGUGUCUGUGCACAUACACACGUGUGAGUGAGUGAGUGAGUGAGAGACAGGAGAAUGUAGUUUUAAGGUGUUGUGUGUACCAUUUUCAUAUCAGUAAACAACUGCCAGAUUAAAUUGGCAUAGUUGUUAUAAUUAACGUAAUAAUUCAGGAACAUCAUACAGAAGACUGGCUCCUCUGUCAGCGCACUACACAAAAGACUUGACCUUGUUUGGCACUGACUUAGUCGUGCUGAGAAAUGCGUUUGACUGUUUCUGGUAAUGGCAGAUGAUAGACGGUAGGAAACUGCAGCAGAACAAUGAAUUCAGACAUGUUUGUCCUUUUUACUGAGGACAUUUGAGCAUGAGUCAUGACAGAGUUUAUGGGAAAUAUGGUCACACAUCUGAGAGACUCUAGCGCUAAUAAUCCCAAUGCUGUUGAAUAGUGGCGAGUUAUUGUUUCAGCCUCGGCCCCUGUUUGUUUAUGAUAAUAAUACAAACCAAAUUAUCAGAUCUUACAGCAGUUUACAUCGACACACUGAUGGAAAUUGCUGCACACAGCACCUUUAAAGAGUAGCACAAAACAGUUAACAACAGUUGUUUUUUUUUUUUACAUCAGAAUGUAUAAAUGUAAUACUGUCAGUUACAUUUGCCAAAGAUGAGUUUUGCAGCUGCAUGUCAGAGCAGAAAAUCAGAACCAAACAUCAUACAGAGUUUAUUUAAUAUUUGUUCUUUCAAGGUCAUCAGUAUGGUUCUCAAGUGCUGUUGCACAAACGAUGUAAAUCAGCCCAACAAAGCACCUUGUUUGCCUUUCAUUGUAUUUCAGCUCUACUAUAACUCUGUAGGCGCUCACACAAAACCGUGAAGACGUUUGAGGAAGAGUCGACGCUACAGGACUGACUUUUUAUUCCCUAAUAUUAUCAAUAAGGUCCAGCAAAUAAGAAAACUAUUUAAAAAAAAAAA